UGAUAACAAACGUCACUCUCUGUCACCCAUGUAACUUCAAGUGCAUUCUUCAAAGUCCGAUUUUUGCUAAAGUGCAGAGUAAUGUUGUAAAAAUAUUUGAUAACAAAUAGCAAUUAAAAAAACUAUGACUUCGACCGGACUUCUAAUUGUUUCCAAUGUCAAACGCAUUCAGAAGUCAUUGAAUGCAAUUCAAAAAUACGUUAACAAUUUAUACAUUCAUCUUAACAUCCCAUCAAGCAAAAUACAACCUGUUCCGUCAUGGACCAAAAUUAUCUCUCGCAUCUAUUCCGAGGGUCUUACUGGCACACCACAAAUUAAUUUAAAAAUCUUGAUAACUCCUCUUAAAACCCAGCUAACCAACAUUGGAAAACAAAAGAUCGACAUGUUAUUCUCCGACGGAAGAUUCCCAGAAAUAUGCGAUUCUGUGAGGGCAAAUUUUAGCAUUCCAAGCGAAACGAUAUUCCUAACCGAAGAGUCAGCCUCGGAUGUUGCCGAACAACAAAAUCACGACAAAGAGACUAAGAUGUACGAUACCGUAGUUUUGGGCGGAACAUUCGACCGAAUACACGUCGGACAUAAGAUAUUCUUGACAGCAGCAGUUUUAAGGGCAUGCAAGAGAUUGGUGAUUGGAGUAACUGAUGAAAAUAUGCUCAAGACAAAAAGACUUCCAGAACUAAUACUCCCAGUCGAGAAGAGGAUCGAGGAUUUGAAAAACUUCCUUCUCGAAAUCGAUUCGACACUACAAUACGAUAUUGUUCCCAUAUCCGAUCCAUUUGGCCCGACAAAAAGUGAUCCCGAUAUGGAUAUGAUUGUGGUUAGUGCAGAAACACUUCGUGGUGGGCAUAAGGUCAAUGAACUUCGGGCAGAAAAGGGUCUCAAGAAAUUGGAUAUAUUCUGCAUUGAUAUGGUCGAGGAUUACAGCGAUGAUGGAGUGAAGGAACUUAAAAUCAGCUCAAGUAAUACGAGAAUAGAUCUUCUUGGAACCAGAAUCAAACCAAAGAAGCCAAGGGAACAUCUUCCGCGUGAACCGUACAUCAUUGGUCUAACUGGUGGAAUUGCUUCGGGUAAGAGCAAAAUGGCUCAACGCUUACACGCACUCGGCGCUUACGUUAUGGAUUGUGAUAAAAUCGCCCACGAAAUCUACGAACCUGGGCAGCUGUGCUAUGAGAAGAUAGUCGAGCACUUUGGAAAUGAAAUUAUCGCCAACGACAAAACAAUAGAUCGUGUCAAACUUGGUUCAAUAGUUUUUUCGCAUCCGGAUGAGUUGGAAAAAUUGAAUUCAAUUGUUUGGCCAGAACUUCUAGUCGAAGUUAAACGACGCAUAAAGUUGGCUUAUGAAAGUAGCGGCACAAAGAUUGUAGUAGUGGAAGCUGCAAUUCUCUUGAAAGCCGGUUGGGACACUGAAUGUCAUGAAGUCUGGUCGAUGAUCGUCUCCCCGGAGGAGGCAGUUCGCCGUGUUGUCGAACGAAAUAAUUUAUCAGAAGAAGAGGCCCGCAAGCGGAUAGCCAAUCAGGUAGACAACCACACUGUGGUCAAGAAAUCAAAUGUAGUAUUUUCAUCCGAAUGGAGUCCCGAUUAUACCCAGAAACAAGCAGAGAAGGCCUGGACAAUGAUAACAACCGAAUUGAAGCAGACAAAGGCGUAAAUUUUGAUUUGUCAAUUAGUUUAGUUUCAUUUGCUUUGCUUUUGUUUUUUUUUAUAUAUAUAAAAAAAGAGGUUUGAACAAUACAAAUAAAUAAUUGGGUGCAACCCGAGAUGUGGGACAAUGCAA